AUGGGGCGAAAGCAGUUGCUUCCGAAAUAGCUAAAUGUACUAAUCUCUCCACUUUAAGCCUUUCGCUUAGUAACAACAACAUAGGUUCAGAUGGGGCGAAAGCAGUUGCUUCCGAAAUAGCUAAAUGUACUAAUAUCUCUACUUUAAGCCUCAAUCUCAGGUGGAAUAGUAUAGGUUCAGAUGGGGCGAUAGCAGUUGCUUCCGAAAUAGCUAAAUGUACUAAUCUCUCCACUUUAAGCCUCUACCUCAACUCUAACAACAUAGGUUCAGAUGGGGCGAAAGCAGUUGCUUCCGAAAUAGCUAAAUGUACUAAUCUCUCCACUUUAAGCCUUUGGCUCUACUCUAACAACAUAGGUUCAGAUGGGGCGAAAGCAGUUGCUUCCGAAAUAGCUAAAUGUACUAAUCUCUCCACUUUAACCCUUUCGCUUGGUAACAACAACAUAGGUUCAGAUGGGGCGAAAGCAGUUGCUUCCGAAAUAGCUAAAUGUACUAAUCUCUCCACUUUAAGCCUUUGGCUCUACUCUAACAACGUAGGUUCAGAUGGGGCGAAAGCAGUUGCUUCCGAAAUAGCUAAAUGUACUAAUCUCUUCACUUUAAGCCUCGAUUUCGAAAGGAAUAAUUUAGAUGGAAAAAUUUCUUUUGAGAAUUACUUUGACAAAGACAUUAAGCUAAACAUAAAAAUAUGAAUGA